GAUACUUCACGAAGGACACAGAACCACUUCCGUUUGCAUCUGUGUAGCCUGUCCUACGCAUCUCUCCCCUCGAGGAGGAUUCAGCACGAGACCCACAUAGAAAGGCUUCCCCCACAACUUGCCCUUGCCAGCCGGCAGCCUCUACAAAGUCAGGCCCUGGUGCCAGCAGUCGCUGUUUGUUAGGUCAGGAGAUGAUGUCACAAGGCCAGCUGGCUACCUGGUCCUUUGCCCGGAGAAAGCUUUGCACCACAAAUGGGCCCUUUUAGUUAAGGAGUGUCUGAGAGGACAUGGAAAAUUUUUCCCUCUUGACAAUCUCUGGGCCACGUCUCCCCAGCUUUGCCCUAAAGAGUUUACCUGACUUAACACGCCCUGUGCACAAAAGCAGCUUGCCAGGUGAGCUGGGGAGGAGGGGGGAGUGCCGGGAAAAACACAAAGGCACAAGGCUCACUCCCGCUUUUCUUUUGCCAGACUGCCUCCUCGCGGAACUCCAGAGCGGGGAGCCUCCGCAGCAGAACUGCACCAUCUACCGCCCCUGGUAUUCCCCCUACAGCUACUUUGUGUGCAUGGACCAAGACAGCCAAACCGACUCCUGUGGUUUCCCAGGGACACUGGGAGGCAACAGCCUAGAAGCCCCAGCCGACACUGGGCCUGCCGGAGACAUGGACAUUGGCUCCUCUUCGUCCGGCUCCCUGGAGAAAACAUAUCCCCAAGAGAAUAGCGGCGGCGGCAGCAGCAGGAAGACCACGGACUGCAUCACUUCCCAGGACAUCCUCUUGGCUUCCAAGUGGCGGCCCCCGCAUGGGUGCCAAUGUGUGGCCUGCUGCCGAAUGUUCCCGACUUUGCACUCGCUCAAGGCCCACAUCAAACGUGGAGCCCGGGAGGGCUUCAGCUGCCAGGUCUAUUACCACAAGCUCAAAGCCCUGUGGGGGAAGGAGCGCAAAUGGCGCCCCAGAAAUCACCCAGUGGGCAGCCACAAAAUGCUCAAAUAGCAAUGUCCAUCUGCGAGAGGCGCCACAGCCACCGGGCGCCCAUCCUCUCCCCCACAGCCCCA